CUUCCCCCUUCACCAGGCUGCUGAGGACAAACUGCUGAAGUGCAACUGUGGUGUUACAGUCAAACAUGAUGCUGGGCCUCACUUUAAGGGUUUCUUGGAUCUGUCUGCUGUUGAGCAUUGCUGCUGGUUUUCCUGCAACAAAAGGAGACUACAAAUAUCCCUACACAGCUAUUGGGAGCCCCAGUGGCAGUUCUGGAUCAUCAAACUUUCCUUCUGGAGGUUCAUUUCUUCCCCAGAUGUCGGAGCCUGAAGCCCCGGCCCAACAGCCUAGCUCUCCAGCCAGAUUUGUUGCUCCCAGUGUGGCGUUCGCUCCACUGAGUUAUGAGCGAAACACAUUCAUCAGGCCUUAUGAUUCCAGUGCUGACGGCUCCUCCAAGGCUCCUGGAGUCCCUUCUCAGGGUGCAGGCUACGCCAGCCCUCCUGUGUUUGCUCCUGUCUCCCCUGUGCAGCCCCAGCCUGGUUCUGGCACUGUUGGUAACCUGGGUAGUUAUCCUAAGGCUCCGGCCCUCAGGUUCGGUGACGGCCCUAUGCCUUAUGGAAGCCAUUCCAGUGCAAGCUCUCCGACCCUCAGGUUCGGUGACGGCCCUAUGCCUUAUGGAAGCCAUUCCAGUUCAAGCUCUCCGACCCUCAGGUUUGGUGACGGCCCUAUGCCUUAUGGAAGCCAUUCCAGUGCAGGCUCACCUUUGCGGGAUGUACAGCCUGCAGGGGAAGCCUACAUCUCAUUCCCACUCCCGGAUGCCCAAAUGGCAUCUCGUCCUUUCCCAGACUGGAGUGUCUUGGAAGCAAAUGCUGCAGCACCAGACUCCCAGAGUGAGACAUCCCCUCUGCCACCUUCAUCCUACAUCAUCCAGUCCAGUGAUGGCUACCAGCAAGCAAAUGUAUUCCUCUCCCACAUGAAAUACUCCCCAGAGUACCUUCCACCACCUGAGAUCAAGGCUCCAAGCAAGCUUCCACCAAUGAGCCGGUCCAAAGGGGUAAAAGCCUACAGAGGUUAACUCUUGGGACAGAUCCUGAGUCUGGUCAAACCAGUUCCACAUGUGGAUGAUUGUUUUGAAAAGUGUUCAAUAAAAACAAACUUACAAAUAA